AGUCAGGUCUUCCGCCACACGGAGGCGUGUCAUACUGUACUCUUAGUACUGUACCAGCUAGCUACCUGACAGCGACCAACAGGAAGGCUAGCUUUGAGAAAAUGGCCUGCGUUGGAAGAGCAGCGAACUUGCUACGGAAUGCUGUUAGGAGCUCACGGUCUUUGAAAGGCUUAACAUGGCACCGAACUAUCGGACCAACCAUUGGGGGCACAAUUGUCGGGGCUGGGGUCAUCUGUUAUUAUUACCAAAUUAAUGUAAACAGCACAAGUCUGCCUCUCGUCGUCGUUCACGCCGAAGAGCAAAAAGAGGCUCCGGCUCCCCAAAUAUCCGCCAGAAGGAGGCGCUUUAUCCAGUUUGCCUCAGUUGUUUACAACGAGGAGCCCUAUAUGACACCGAGAGACUUCCUCUUCUCUGUGAUGCUGGAGAAUGUUGACCGAAAACUGCAGAAAAGAGUCCUAACAAAAGAAGACGUGGAUAAGAUGGUGGCCUCUGCAUCCAAGGCUCGACCCGGCAAUUCUUUGUUCAGACUCUGGGGAGACAACGGUUUGAUAUCCUACACUGAAUAUCUCUUCUUGCUGACCAUUCUGACAAAGCCACGGACAGGAUUUCAUAUAGCGUUCAAAAUGCUCGAUGUGGAUGGCAAUGAGCAUGUGGACAAAAAGGAGUUCAUGAAGCUGAAGAAUAUCAUUGGAAAAAGCAAAUUGAGAAUCUCAAAGCAGAGCACAGAGAGACCAACGGAAGAUGUGGACCAUGUGAACACCACACUGCAGGCCUACUUCUUUGGAAAGAGGGGCGAUAACAAGUUGCAGUACCAAGAGUUUCACAAGUUCAUGGAGGACCUUCAGGCUGAAGUCCAGGAGAUGGAGUUCCUGCAGUUCUCCAAAGGAAUGGACACGAUGCGACGGGAAGACUUUGCCGAGUGGCUGCUCCACUACACCAAUGAGGAAGACAACGAGGUCUACUGGGAAAACAUGAGGAGGAGGAUCCCCGCUGGCCAGAGCAUCACAUUCGAGGAGUUCAAGGCCUUCUGCCUGUUCACCAACAAUCUGGAGGACUUUGCAAUUUCCAUGAAGAUGGUCAGUGAAGCCAACCGUCCCGUGGGAAUGGCCCAGUUCAAGCGGGCUGUGAGGAUCGCCACAGGUCACGACCUGUCCGAGAACGUGUUGGACACUGUCUUUAAACUCUUUGACAUGGACGGGGACAACUGCCUGAGCCACAAGGAGUUCAUUGGUGUGAUGAAAGACAGAGUGCUGCGAGGCCUCAAGGUGCAUCCACAGAAUGGCUUCUCCGGCUACUGGAAGUGUGUGAAGCAAGAAACCCUGAAGGGAGCCAAGGAAGCCCUGGGAGACGGCGGGUGUCCCAUCUGAGCAACAUGAUGCCCCAGGACACGUCUGAGACCCACUACUGCCCUCCAACAUUUGCGAUUGCAAAUGCAAAAGGAUUUAUUAUUUUUUUAGCAUUUAUGGUGUUCAGAAAAGAUGUUGUGUGUGUUGUAUCAAUUGACACACUUUCGUACUUACACAGUCUUAUGCGUACAUAAAAGUGCAUUCACACAUA